AGCUAUUCUAGGGUUUGUAAAAUCCAUCAGCGAUGAAAAAUAUGGAGCAGCAGUCCUCGAAGGGUCUAGUAUUAACCCCAUCCGGACAUGAAACACAAUCAGCAAACUCGGUAAGAGAAUACUCAGGUCCCCCAAUCCCUGAUGAUCUACUUAUGGAGAUAUUCUCCAGAGUCCCGGCAAAGUCUAUAGCUAGGUUUCGUUGCGUUUCGAAAUUCUUGGCAUCCAUAUUUUGCCGUCCUGAUUUUACUGACUUGUUUUUGACUAUGUCUUUGACUCGUCCACGGUUCCUUUUCGCCUUAGAAGCUGAUAAAACGUUGUUCUUAUACUCUGCACCUCAGCCUCAUAAUCCAAACGAUAACUCUUCUCUUGUAGCCACCCCUUAUCAAACGCUUAUCUUUCCAGAAUAUAUUGGAUUUGAUAACCCUAGAACACUCUGUGGGUUGGUAUUACUUCGGCAGAUGCGGGUGAUUUGUAACCCUGCCACUGGAGAGUUUCUAACCUUACCCAAUGUUCUUAAAGAAAACAUCUUACCCAAUGGUAACCCCGCAGUGAUCGCAGCAACGUACCUUGGGUAUGAUCGGAUCGGAAAACGGUUUAAAGUGUUGCGUAUGACCCCGUCACGUGAUGGAAGAUCCAAUACUCGUCAGGUCUUGACGUUGGAAUCUGGAAAGCUUUUAUGGAGAAUGGUCGAAUGCAAGUUCCAUUUUGUGCCGACCCUUGCUUUAGCUACUCAUAUAUGUAUAAACGGUGUUUUGUAUUUUAAAGCUAAGUUGGGGAAAUCUACUGUUAUAGUUUGCUUCGACGUCAGGUCUGAGAAGUUCGGCUUUAUUAACACAAAUGAAGACAUGGAACAAGGGCUUGUAUGUGAGUUGAAAUCUUUGGACUUUUUUAAUUACAAAGAUGAAAAGAUGGUCAGGCAUAUCAAGUUUGUUGGAGUGACUGGUAGAGGUGAAAUUGUAUACUCGCCACGCCCGUUCCACCCUGUAAACCGGUACUUCGUUGUCUUCUACAAUGUGGAGAGUAAGACUUUUAGAAGAGUCAAAGUUGAGGGACUUGAAGUUGAAGAGGGUGAGAAGAAUCAUUUUAAAAGCACACUGAUAGGCUAUGUGGAGAAUUUGGAGUUUAUGUAAUAAGUGUGUUGAAAACGCUCUCACAUAUUGUUAUCUGAUACUUUAUAUUUCUUCUCCUUUUCAAGUUGUUUGGAUUUCAAUUUUUUUCGUGCAUGCAUGUUUUAUUCUUUGCUCUAAGUUUUGUUUACUUUACCAGUCAUGCUCUUUCCCCGCUUGCUUCCUCGAGAUUUUUAUCUUCUCUCACUCUAAGCUCAUUAUCGUCGAAAGUUUCAUUUAGCGUAUGUUGAUUAAUUUUUUGAGAAAUAGAGUAUGUUGAUAAUUGAUACAAAGUCCAUAUGUUCAAUCAGACUUGCACAAUAUAGAUGCAUUUAUAAUAGAAGUAAAUAGAUAACUGAAGUAGUUGGGCAAACACUAUUGUCUCAAAGCUUUCAAGAAGACAAAGAAGAACAAAUCUUCAUUCGUCUGAACAAAAAACAAGAUCAAAGCCCAUGAAAAUAGAAUAAAAAAACAAAAACUAUAGUUGAUCUCAAAGUUUGAGCUGCUUGAUAUGACCGCUUGACAUAUGUCGACGCAAGCAGGUUCCAAGCUUGAAGCUCUGCUGUAGCUGUUGCGAUUAGAGGCUGGUGAGCAACCUCGAUGGAUCCCAUGAUGGAGCUGUAGAGAAGAAUGUCUUGCCGUCCCCACAGGGUAAAAGUGGGAUUAGCUUCUUCGCUACCAAAUAUGAUAUUAAUUCUUAAUAUGUAUCCAAAAUACUUUAAGAUAUUAUUGAACUUCUAAAAUAAUUAUCUAUUACAUGAAGGUUGAUGGUGGAAUGUGGCGGUUGAAACCUGAAGUUUUUUAGAUUUUGGUUUUGUUUUCAUUGAAUAAUGUUAAUGAGAACUUAGUUUUUGUUUUAUGAUUUUAUUUAUUUGGUUUUCUUUCUAUCACUAACUAUGUUUAUCUUGCGCUUGAUUGUGAAUAAUCACGUUUGAUGUUUUUUUCUUAUUUUUGAAUCGAUUUUACUUAUGUUUUGGCUAUUAAAAUAUGUACAAAUUAUGUAUUUUAAAUCCGAAGAACCGAUUUCAUUUAAGUUUUAGUUACAAAAUAGGUACAAAUCAUGUAUUUUUAAAUUGAAGAACCGAUUGGGACCCGAACCCGAAAGUACAAUGGGUUAUACCGGUUGUUUGGAGAUUUACUAACCCCGACCCGAAUUCGAUAGAACCCGAACCAGUCCCGAAUGAGGCUGAUUUUGAUAAACCCGAAAAACCAAAACCCGAUUGGAACCCCGAAUGCCCUUGCCUACCACUGGUAGUAGUCAAUCCAUUUUUUUCUCAAUACAUUUACUUUACUCCUAGAUAGAUGACGUAAUAAAAUGUUCAUGAUACCAAAUAGCUUUCUAGGUAACAAUCCUGUUUGGGCAGACUGUAUAAUUUUAUAAUUGGUUCUGAGAAUUGUGAGCAUUCCUUAUGAGCAGAAAAUGGAUCUAUAACCUUAGAACUUAGCUGGAUAAUAUUGCUUGAU